AUGCGCAAGAAAUGCAGCUGCACAUCCAUGCACACACACGCACCCAAGAGCAGACCUAACCUCAGCACGCUCGCCCGGAGGCUGAGCUCUGCGAAGCACUCAAGUCGCCUCGCAGACACGGUCGCAUCGGCCCCUGUCGAGUCAGCAGACGCGACCGCGCUGGAGACACUGAGCCGGCAGGACGUGGAGGCGAUGCUGCAGGCCACGGGGACGCAGAUGCUGGGCGCCGGCUCCUACGGAAGCGUGUACGCCGUCCAGCACAGAAGGCAGACUUGCGCCCUCAAGUGCGCCCACAGCAACGGCGUCAUCCCUUUGUGGAGUGAGAUGAAGUGGCUGCAGAGCAUCGCCGGGGCCGGCGGAGCCCCUGUGCCCUUGGCCUCCUGCCCAGAGAGUCCUGCCCUCCUCAUGUCCUUCUGUGGAAAGGAAAACCUAAGGGAGUACUUGCGCAAAGGGGCGAGGUCUGGCGGCUUCUCGCUGGAGCACGUGCUCUCCCUGGCCCUGCGCGUGACGGAGCGCCUUCAGGACCUCCACCGGGCGGGCGUCGUCCACGGGGACCUCAAGGCCAACAACGUGACGCUGAGGCUGGACGCCGCGGGGAACCCCGAGUCCGUCCACCUCAUCGACUUCGGCCUCUCCCGCCGCGCCGGAGAGACGCGCCCGCCCAAGAGGGACGGCCGCGACAGGUACUGGUACUGCAGCUGCAUGGACAGCGGCUCGCCCCUGUCGCCGCUCUGCGACCUGCCCGGCCUCGGCGCCAUCUUCUACAAGCUGUUCAUGGGCAGACCCGACGUCCCGCGAGGCGCCGCUGACCUGGCCAAGCUGUGCGCGAGGCGCUUCCACGACGAGCGCCGCCCCGCCCUGGAGGAAGUGCGGCGGCGCUUGGCCGAGGUCUUGGUGUCCCUCCUGCCCUCGGAGGAGGAGCGGAGGGCGCCGGCCGCGAAGGAGGCCAGAAUCCUAGCGCAGUUCUGUGCCGACGCGGGCCUGCCCACCGUGGCCAUUCCGCAGCUGCACCAGCACCUGAGGCCGCCGCACACGGUGGCCGAGGGCGGCGACGGCAAGACGUUCCACACAGGCCAGAGUGGUCAAGCACGCGGGAAUCUCAGGGCGUUUAAGGACCUCCUGCUGGAGGCCAUGGAGCUCCGGGCGCUGGAUGGGCGCGGGCGCGGCAGCCAGCGCCUGGAGGGCGUCUGCAUCGAGAUGCUGUGUCUCGUGGCCACCGACGCCGCCCCGUCCGCCAAGCGCCCUCGCGAGGACGAGGGCGAGGCGGCCGGAGUGGCCGAGGGGACGCUCGCCCAGGCGCCCGAGAGCAAGCGCGCCCGCGGAGACCCGGAGCAGGUCGCUCGCGGCCCCGCCCGCUGAUGACGCCCAGGGACCAGGCGUCCGCCCGCUCCCUCGCGUCUGCCUUUUGGGUUUGUCCGGAAGCAUUUUGUGCAGGUUUCUUUCAGUUCAGCCACACAAAGAUUUGCUAAAGCAGCAGGCAAAGCAAAGAAAGCCUAAAA